ACGGAUGGAGAGCUCGAAGAAAUAAUGCACAAUAUACUCUUUAAUUUAGUUGACCGUUAUCAAAGUUCAUUUGUCAAAAAUAACGAAAACGAGGAUACACAUUCUCACAACUAUGUUGCGUCUGUGAUCAAGCCGUUUUUUCCAGAAGGCAAAAAAACGACCAUAGACUGGGCAAACAAGACAUCAAAAUCAUCUGCUCAGACAAUGAAACAAUUCGAUCCUAUCCUUUCUGGCUCAAAACCCGACUUUACAAUAAGAACCAUCAAUCCUAAAAAAUUUGUUGAAUUAAUGUUUGCCGAAAUAAAACCACCGAAUACAAGAGCGGAUUUAGUAAAUGAGGAUCUAGUGACUUUGGGAAAAACAAUGCGAGCAUCAUUUGAUAAGUCGUUAGAAGAUGGUGUUGAUCUUGUUAUCUGUGAAUUGCAUGUCUUUGGUUGGUAUA